AUGUUUAUUAAAUAACUAUAAUCAAAAAUAUAAACACGUUCUGUAUCGAAUGUAUCAGGACAUUCAAACCUAAGAUACUCAGCAAUGGCAACUCCGUAAUGUAAUACUGUAAAUGUGAUUUGGGAUAUUAAUUAAAUUGGCUUAGAAUUAGGUUGUCAUGAUGACCCAAUUCUGAACGAUGCUUUACAGCUGAUUAAUAAUCAUUAAGUAAAUCGAGCAAUUUUCAUAUUAAACCAAUUGGUUUCUGAUAAUAAAAAGUAUUUGGGAUAACAAUCUCAAUUAUAAUUGAUAAUGAAAGUUACUCUAUUGGUUGUAUCAAGUGCUAUGUCAAUUUUGGAAGAUGAUCCAGCAUCAGCAUUGCUUUUGUUGCUGGGUUGUGAUUAGAUGUUUAAGGGAUUGACUAUUUAAUAAUAAGCUUAUCUUAGAGUACAGAUUCUAAACGGACUGGGUUGUUAUUAUAGAAGAGUGGGUUAAUUAGAGAAAGCCCUGGAAGAAUUAGAAUGCGCAUUAGCAAUGAUAAAAAAAUAUAGUUUAAAAGAGGUUGCAGUUACUCAUUUAAAUUUAUCUGUAGUACUAUCCUUAGUGGACGAUCAUGAAGGAGCAUUAGAAAAUGCUAAGAAGGCAGUUACUGAAAGUCAUAAAGAAUACUAAUACUAUAUACGAAAUCAUGUAUCAUUGUAAACUUUCAAAUUCUAACGAUGCGUAAGUUCAUUAGCAAUCUCAUUCUACAAUGUUGGAGUCUAGGAAUAAUAUUUUUAAAAAUAUUAAUUUGCAUUAUAAGCAUAUGCAUCAGCAUCCAAGGUGGCUGAAGACAAUCUAGGCAUCCAUAAUUAUCUAACACUUCAAUUGAAGAACAUAUAUGAACAAUUCGCUCGAUAAUUAACAAUGGCUGAAGGUUAAAAAAUUGCCAUUACUUCUUUGAAUCACAAGUUUUAGAUUAGAGCAAAUAUUAAAAGUUAAUAUGCUUAAAGCGCUUUGAAGAAUUAGCCAUAAGAAGCUGUUAGAAAAGUUACUGAUCGAAUAUCUUAAUCAGGAACCAAAAGAUUAGAUUAAUCCCUUAGACCACAAUCAGCAAUGAUGAGUCAUUCACAACACACAAAAUUAAAGUCAUUUGAUUUUACUAAAAGAGAAGGAUAUACAACUCAUAAAUAGAUAUCUACUACCAAUCGCACUUUAAAUCAAUUUAGUGAAGAUAACACAAAGACUGAAAUUGAAAAAUUAGAAAAAUCAAAGUUAUUGCAACAUUGUAUCUAAAACCUAGAAUCUCAAGCUUAAAAAGAACAAGAAAAACUAAAAACAAUUUAGGAAGAAAAACAAAAAGAAUUAUAAAAGUUAUAAGCCUUUCGAUAUAUAAAUGAAUAAAUAAGGUAAAAGAAAUAAUCCAAAUACUAAAACUAAACCGUCAGAGAUUUGAAGCAAUCAAUAGAUUAAACUAAAUAAAUUUAUAAUACAGAUCCUUAAAUUUAGGAAAUUUUAGAUUAAAGUGAUCCUUAGCCUUUAGUUGCUCAUUAAUCAUAGAUCAAAUCAUCCAAAACAGAAAUAGAAGAAAACCAAAUGAAAAAUCAAAUUUUUACUAAUGCUAAGAAUCUAAAACAAGAGGAAUAAAAUAAAAGAUUGUCUAUUGAAAUAAAACUUGAAUAAAAGGUAGUUUAGGAGGAAACAAUUCAUAGUUUGAAUAGAAAAUUGGAAUUUGAAUAGGAUUUUUCGCUUAGAAAUAAUGAUUUAUAAUAAAAUACAUCAUAUAAGUAGAUUGAAGAUUUAGAGGAAAUUAAUGAAGUCAAUUAAGAAUAUGAGAAUAAAUAAAGUGUUGAAAAUUAAAUAUAAGAAAUAAUUCAAUAGAAUGUUGUACUUUUUAAUGAAGAAUAAUAAUAAUAAAGUAUAAAUAAAAUUCAACAAUUUUGGAAAUUAAGUUAAAAAAAAUUAAAUGAACGGAUUUAAAAGUUGGAAUCUAAAUAUCAAUUAGUCACAAAAAAAUAAUACUUUAGGGUUAUGGAUGAAAAUAAUAAUCUUCAUAAUGGGAUAAUUUUUCUUGGCUACAAUCAGAAACAUAAUAUAGAUAUUUUAUUCAUUGAUUUCUAUGUAAUCAGAAAAUCUUAGAGAAUAUGCUAAAAUAUAAAAAAAAAGUUAGAACAUAUAUUAAUUUUAACUGUUUCAACCACUUUUAAUAUAACUAAAGAUAUUUUAGAAGACUUUGAAAAAUAAUUAUUACCUUUUAUUCAAAUCAAUAAUUAAUCACUUAUAAUACAAAGUUUAUUGUUAAAAAUUGAAAUAAAAUCUAUGAAAAAAUCUGUUUUAAUGAAAUUUGAUGUAAACUAAUUAAAUCUUUAUGAAUAAUAUCCUAAACUUGAAGAGAGCAUUCAAAACUAUCAAGUUCCUACUACAAUUGCUGAUAUUUAAUCAUUUAAUAUCGAUUCUAUUGUAAUUUAAAAAUCGGCUUCAUUAAACUUAGAAUCAAUUCAAUAACCCUUCUAAGAAAUCUCUUUAGUAUCCGAAAAGAUUUUACAAGAUGCGAAACCAGAGAAAUAAGAAAAGAAUUAAAAUGAAGAGUAGGAACAGCCUUCUGUUGAUUUAGAAAUCCAUUCAAACUAGGAUCAAUAAUAAAGCAAAAAUGGAAGUGACGAUGUUGAAAAGGCUAAUUAAACUGGAUAAUUUAAUAUUAAUUUCCAAUCCUCGCAAUAUUUACAAUAUUUACAAUCUUAAAAUGAUUAAGAUAAUGUAGAAGAAGAGAAUGAAAACUAAAAAUAACGAUAAAAUCAACUCAAGGAAAGCACAUAAAAUUUAGAUUUCACUCUUCAAGACAAUGAAUCCAAUAAUUCAAUAAUAGGCUAGGUUAAUAAUGUAGAUACAGGAAAUUAAUAAUUAGAUAAAACCAAUAAAAAUAAAGAAAAGCCUUUAGUAAAUCAAACAAUUGUAGAAGAGGAAGAAGAAAAUCAGUAUAACUAUAAUAGUAUUGAAGAAGGAAAACAGUUGAAAGAAUAUUAUGUAGAAAGCUAGUCUUUUUAUUCAAACUCAGAUGAUAACAAAAAGGAUUAAUCUAAAUAAAAUUAAGAAGAAUAAACCAAAUAAAACAGUCAAGUUUUUCCAGAUGAAAAAUCUUAAAUUAAUAUUCUUCAAGUACCUUUUCAGCAGUAUCAAGGGUUUAGUAAAUAAACAAGUUUGCAAUUACCAGAUUCAAUGAAGGAAAAUAUUGAUUCUGAUAAAGAAAUUUCUUCGAUAAAAAAAUAAAGAUAUGAAAAUUUAGGUAUCAUAACUGGAAUUAAUAAGAUAAAUGGAACACCGAUAUUAAUUCAUAUCCUUAUCAAUAAAGAAUAAUAAUUGUUCCAAGCAAAAACAGACGUAGAAAAAAUCAACGUUAAACCUACAUUCUUUAAAGUUGAAAAUAUAGAGAAAACAAUUAGGAAGCCUUAAAAGUAUUUAAAAGGAUUUCUCGUUAAUUGGAAAAACUAAACCAUUUUAAAGAUUUACACUAAAGUCCAUUAAAAUGCUGUUCUAAAACUUUAAAGAUAAUUCAAGUUUGAUCAUUAUAGAAGAGAUAUGAAAUUUAAAUUAACAAAAACUGACAUUGAAGGUACAUUACAUGUAGGUUUCAAAAAGUAGAUAAUUUAUUUAGCAAUUGAAACAAAAUCUACAUAUCAAAGAAAUUCUUACACUUUUAGAAAAGAAAACUAUGGCCAAUUUGUUAAAAAUAUAUCUUUCAGAAUCAUAAAUAAUCUUAGAUUUUCUGAAUAAAAAGGAAUUUAUUUAGAAUAGGAGUCCUAACUUAAAAUUUUAGUUUAGAAUCAAUAAGUUAAAAUUUUUAAAUUGGUAAAAUCCUAAAAUGCCUAUGAAUUCACAGGAUUUGGCUUAUUGAUUGGAACUUAUGAUUCGGUACAUUAAAAGAUAAUUAUUGCAAGUGACAAUCAAAAGGUUAAGGCUUCUUUGGUUGAUAUUCCUAAAUCAAUAAAUGGGGAUCAACUCACUUAAUUUACGCUAAAUUUAUUAAAUAGAUCUAAUAUCAUUGAAAGAAAUAAUGAAUGCUUUGUAAUUUAUUAUAUGGAGAAGGAUGAAGACUCUGUUAAGAAAAUUUAAAAUGCAAUAUUUAAAUAUUAAACAAUCAAAACUUUAAAAGUUUGCUAUAACAAAUUUGAGAAAGGAUAAAUUAUCAAAAGAGAGAUGGUUUUAGAAUUGUAAAGAAAAGUUAAAAGGUAUUAUGGGAUAAAAUGCUAAUAAAAAUUUUAUUAAAUUGGUAAAUUAAAAGAUUAGGAGUUUAAAAAUUUAAUUUUUAACUUUUAAACAAUAUUAGGCACAUUCUUAAUUUAAAAAAAUAAUGAAAUAGAAAUUGAUGUGAAUUCAAUAAUAGAAUUUUUAAAUUAGGAUGGACAAUUUUUUAAUUUAUAAAAUACGGAAUUAAAGGAUUUUAUUCUUUAAUAAUGA